CCGUCGCUGCUUCUAAGGCUUGUGAUAGUGGUGCGUACGGAUAUCCAACCCUUCCGAUCAAGGAUUGCAGAGGCUGUUAUCCAGUACAAGAUGGGAGUUCCACAGAACUCGCCGUUCGCCGCGAGCGAGGCGAAGAAGUUUCCCCGCGAAAUCGAAUACUGCAACAACAACAGCCUGUUCAGCGGCGAAGCGACAAUGAACAACGUUUCGGGGUUCUACGAGAACUCCAAGAUCUUCAUCACGGGCGCCACCGGCUUCCUGGGGAAGGCUCUGGUAGAGAAGCUCCUCAGGUCGUGCGACGGUCUCGACUCCGUCUACGUCCUCAUGAGGCCCAAGCGCGGCAUGGCCGUCGAGCAGAGGCUCAAGGAACUCUUCAAAAACCCGGUCUUCAACAGGAUAAGGGAGAAGGAUCCUGAUGCUUUUGAGAAAGUUAAAGCAAUUUCAGGAGACGUUUCUCUGCCCAACCUCGGAAUCGGCGACGGCGACAAGGCGUUCCUGGUGGACAACAUCAACAUAGUCUUCCACUCAGCCGCCACUGUCAAGUUCAACGAAGACCUCAAGAAUGCCGUCAUCCUCAACACGCUCGGUACCAAGAGAGUGCUACAAAUCUGCAAGGAGAUGAAACGCUUGAAGAGUUUUGUACACGUUUCGACGGCCUAUUGCAAUUCGGACAAGGACACCGUGGAGGAGACUGUGUAUAAGCCCCCUUACGACCCGGAAGCUGUUAUAAACUGUAUAGACGUUCUCGCAGACGAAGCGAUAGACGUUCUGGCGCAGAAAAUGUUGGAUAAACAUCCCAAUACGUACACCCUGACGAAGGCGAUGGCAGAGCACAUCGUAUUGGAGAAUUCCGAACUCAUACCUUCCGCUGUUGUUAGACCAUCGAUAAUUACUGCCGCCUGGAAAGAGCCCUACCCGGGCUGGGUGGACAACAUCAGCGGCAUCACCGGCAUCUUCAUGGAGUGCGGUAGGGGGACCAUCAAAACGAUCAUCUGCGACGAGAAGUGCCGCAUCGACGUCAUCCCCGUGGACGUGGUGGUCGACACUCUCAUCACAGCGGCUUGGCACACGGUGGCUAACAGGUCGAACGCUAUGAGGGUGUACAACUGUACGAGCGGCUUCUCCAACCCCAUCACCUGGAAGAAGUUCGGGGAACUCACGCAGAAGUACGCGCUCGAGUACCCCAGCAAGUAUGUGACGUGGUACCCGGGGUUCACGUACCGCACGAACAGGACACUCCACGCCCUCUACGCCACGUUGUUCCACACGGUGCCCUCCGCCCUUUUGGACGUGUUCCUGUACUGCAGCGGACAGCAGCCCAUGAUGCUGAAGUUCAGCAGGAAAAUCUACAGUGCCUUGAGCGCGGGCAGCUUCUUCUCGACGCACGAAUGGGACUUCAAGGCUUCCACGAUGGACGAGCUGGUGGAGGCCGUAAAGCACGCCGAGGACGGGGAGAGGUUCAACGUCGACCUCCGGGAGUCGAACGGCUUCACCUGGGACUGCUACGUAAAGGACUUCAUGCUAGGCGUCAGGAAGUUCGUACUGAAAGACGACGUGAGCAGUCUCGCGAAGGCGAAGAUAAAACUCAAUAGGUUAUACUGGUUCCAGAAGAUAUUCCAAAUAGUUUCCCUGUACGCAAUGCUGAAAGUGACGACGAAUUUUUUGUAUUAACUCUCUAGAAGACACCAGAAUGGUUGUUACAGUCAAUACUAUGUAAAAUAACUUUAAGAGUUUUAUUCUUCCUGGCCAUUCCUUGGUUGGGAAGCAAUUUGAUAUUAUUCUUGCACACGUGCAAAUCAGACAAAGUUUCCACGCGUUUUCAUUUAUAUUUUGUAUUUAUUUGUUUUGUAUGUACAGUAAUUAUGCGGUUUUACAAAUGGGUUCAUUAUUUAUAACACAAAUGUCUAGAUUAACAUGUAUUUCAAGUUUGUGGGGGAUUACUUGAUAUUAUUAUGACAAACUACAAUUUACCUCUUUUAUUUAUUGCAUCUAAGUUUAAUGUUGAUAUAGAUUUGGGAUAUUUUUAUUAUUUGUAUAAUUAUU